AUGGUCUACCCAGGCUACUCAUCUCCCAUCGCGGAGGAGUAUGAACGCCACAUCGCCCACGGAGAAGCUCUGGGUCCCCGCUCUCCCGAGGGGACGCUUGCCUCCGUCCCCGUGUUCUGUGCCGAGGUGGGCAAGGGUACCCGUGUGCCGUGCUCACCAACCCAGGGCCAUCUUCACUGCAGCUAUGUCAGCGGACGUAUUCGGUCCCGCCGCUGGGUGUGGGGUAUUCCAAACGAGGACACGGUGAUCGUCCUGCGCGCCGUGAUCACCCAGUACGAGGACGACAGCAUCGAGAUCUAUAAGCAUUCACCCCUUAGCUACUACGAGGAGCCACUCGCGCGCCAGAGCCUCAUCGCCUACGGCCCAAACCACAAGAGGAGAACUGUGGACGCCUUUCCUGUCGAAAUCGAGGUGCCCGCCUACGUGGGCUUCCUGAAGGACUGGAACGACGAGCGCUGUCUGAGGAGUGAUCUCCCACUCCAGUAUGAGGUGUUCGGCGAUGACGACUCGUACGACAAGUUCAACGAUGAUCCGGCCGCAGGGCUGUCUUCGAAGGAGCCCCACCAGGUCCCCGACAUCUCAAGCGUCGACAGUCUCCUUCGCCUUACUGAAGAGUGGUUGCCGAACCAGGAUGCUUUCUGGAGGACACACUCCUGGGACCAGCUCGACACUGCCUCGCUCGGAUAUGAGGUCCCACUCGUUUCAAGUGACACCGCCACUGACACUGAAGACAACGAGUUGAUUCCGUCGACCCCGACGGCUAAGAGCAUGAACAACGAAGAAGCUCCCAAGACACCGGAGCCGCGACGUAGGAAGCUCCGCAUUCGGACUUGGACGCCACGGUCGCGGCGUGGUGGGCAGGCCGCUCACCCGACGAACUGUGCGGGUCAGUGA